UCAAGCUGCAGAGAGAUCCUUGACUGUAGUGGCUGCAGUUCACACCAUGGAGGGGAAGGUUGAUUCAUUUCCCUCCCGACUGGUGAAUCUGGAGGGGAGAACAGGGUCGGCUGAGAAGAAAUUAGUCAACGGUGAGAAAAUAGUUGGGGAGUUUGGUAAUCAGCUGGCUGCGCUGGGAACUCUGAUCCAGGAGUACGGGCUGCUGCAGAGGAGGCUGGAGAAUGUGGAGAACCUGCUGAAGAACAGGAACUUCUGGAUCCUGAGACUCCCCACAGGCACGAAGGGAGAAGUUCCCAAGGUCCCAGUGACGUUUGAUGAGAUCUCAGUCUAUUUCAAUGAGCAGGAAUGGGGGAAUUUAGAUGAAUGGCAGAAGGAGCUUUACAAGAAUGUGAUGAAGAGCAACUAUGAGACUUUGCUCUCACUGGACUAUGCAAUUUCCAAACCUGACAUUCUGUCCAGGAUUGAACAAGGGGAAGAGCCAUGUGUCAGGGAUCAAGGGGACCCAGAGGAAAGGGAAGUGUCUACAGACACCAAGACAGAAUCUUCCACUUCCACACACAUUUCACCCCGAACCAAGCAAGAGGAAGAGCCACCUAUUGGAGAUCAGACAGCUUCAGAACCACAAGAGAGCCAUCCAGAUCGCAGCGCCGGUGAAGGGGCUUUGGUCAGAUCUGAGGAUCGGCAUCAUGGUGAAGGUCCUGUGAGCCUGGAGCUGACCAAGAAGUUAUCUGGUAGAUCUGCAGAGAAGUUUUUCCGGAGUCCCAAUGUAGGAAUGCCCUCCGAGAGGCAGGGCAGCUCAAAUAUACAACCGGAGAACCCCGCAAAGAUCAGACCUGGGAAAUCUACUCCGUGUGAGGCAGGUUCUGGUGAACUCCAGCCAAAACCACAGCCCUGCACAAGAGAGAAAUCAAAGAGCUUCGCUUGCAAGACUGUUGAUAAAUCUCAUCGGAAAUGUCACACUGUAGAGAAAGUAUAUCCUUGCACUGAAUGUGACAAAAGCUUUCCUGAUCAAGUACGACUGACUAGUCACUACAGAAUCCGCUCGAGAGAGAGGCCGUAUCAGUGCCCUGUGUGUGGGAAACGAUUCAGCUACCAGUCUAUUCUCAUCAAGCAUCACAGAAUCCACCCGGGGGAGCAGCUGUAUAAAUGUACGGAAUGCGAGAAAAGCUUCAAUGAGAAAUCCAAGCUGACCAACCACUACACAGUCCACACUGGAGAGAGACCCUAUGCUUGUAAAGAGUGUGGGAAAAGUUUCCGGCUGAAGAUGAGUCUUAUAAAUCACCAGAUAAGUCAUGGCAAAGAGAAGCCUUAUCAGUGCGCCUUGUGUGACAAGAGCUACAUCCAAAAGAAACACCUCCUACGUCACCAGCGAGUCCACACAGGAGAGAGACCCUUCCAUUGUACUGUGUGUGGGAAGAACUUUCGGCAGAAGUUUGUCCUGCUAUCCCAUCAGCGACUCCACACAGGAGAGAGACCCUAUGCCUGUACCGUGUGUGAGAAGAGCUUCAUCACCAAAUCCAAAUUGACCAGUCACUACCAUAUCCACACGGGAGAGAAGCCCUACAAGUGCACUGAGUGCGGGAAGAGCUUCAGAGUGAGGGAGACUUACCGGCAACACCAGCAUAGUCACGCGCAAGAGCAACCCUACAAGUGUAGUGACUGCGAGAAGAGCUUCAGCUGCCAGUCAGGCCUUAUCAGACAUCAGACGGUCCAUACAGGAGAGAAGCCUUAUAAGUGUGUGGAAUGUGGAAAGAGCUUCAGCCGCCAGUCAAAUCUUAUUAGACAUCAGAAGGGCCACACUGGAGAGAAGCCUUAUAAAUGUGUGGAAUGCAAGAGCUACAUUCGGAAGGAAUGUCUGCUAAACCACCAGCUCAUCCACACAGGAGAGCAGCCCUACACCUGCACUGAAUGUGGUGAACACUUCAGGCUAAAGGUGACUUUUGUAAAGCACCAAAAGAAUCAUGCAAAAGAGGACUCUGGUCAGCGCAGCCUGUCCUUUAAAACUUGAAUGGUCACUGAGGUUGGUACAGUACAGCAGGUGACUUACACAGCAGGAGGCUGUUUAAAUGCACUGCUGGUGACAGACACUUAAUUUGAAAGGACUAUCCUCGUCCAAAAUGCCAACUUCCCAUGUGGCAAAGGGAAUGUCUAAAUGUAGAUGGGGAACACCUGAGAAAGGCUCAACAUCCGCUACAGUCGUCAGAUUCAUUUAGUUUCUGAGCCUUGGCACCUUUCAGGAUGUGGCCCAGAAAAACCCAAACUCCGAACGAUGCUGAGGCCAAGAAACUUUAUUGAUCUGAAGAAGAGUGCUGUGAAGUUUGAAAGCUUCUCCCUUCCAUCAACAGAGGUUGGUUCACCUUGUCUCUCUCAAGUGAAACUGGGUUAUUUAGGAAUUUUAAAAACCCUAUUUUUACAGUGUGCGUCUCUAAAUUAGUGGUGGUUUGAUAAUGGGUGUAGAUCAGAGUCGGCAACCUUUCAGAAGUGGUGGGCCGAGUCUUCAUUUAUUCACUCUGAUUGAAGGUUUCACCUGCCAGUCAUACAUUUAAACGUUUUUUAGAAGGUCUCUUUCUAUACGUCGAUACAACAAUAGUUUAGUUAUAUAUUAUGUAAAGUAAAUAAGGUUUUUAAAAUGUUUAAGAAGCUUCAUUUAAAAUUGCAUUAAAAUGCAGAGCCCCCAGACCGGUGGC